AUGACUGUAGUUACUCAUAGUGGACAGGCUGGCUCAGCUGAGUCUCUCGCCAUGGUGGCUCACAGCGGCCAGGCAGAGGAAGGUGAGACCAUGACUUUGGUCACUCACUCCGGGCCGGGUUCAGCUGCGGCAGCGCCACCUGCUGUGCAGGAUGAGCCCCAAGCUACUGAGCCCACAUGCCAACCUGAGCCAGCCGCAGCAGCACCACAGCCAGCCCCUGCACCGGUCAGGAGGAGGCCAGGAAGACCCCCUAAAGUGAAGCAGCCGGAACCACCACCACCUCUUCCUUCAGAGGAGGAGCCCAUAGAGAUGGAGGGGGUUGAGGAUGGAUCCGUACUACUUAAAAUGAUUGACACGUUAGAGUGUCAUUAA